ACUGAACCAGCGUUCCCUUCUUAUGACUCUUCUCCAAUGGGUUUAAAUGCAGUGCUAAAUGCAUUAAAUGUACCCUUCUAGAGUUCCAACUUCUAUUUACUUGCUCAUGCAUUUGACCGUUGGCAGCCUAGAGCGUUCCCACCAGCAGUUCAAGACUCUUAUCAUUUCGUAAGUGGGAAAUUUCACAAAAUGUGAAAAACCCAAAAAAACCCAAGAAAGUGAAGAAGCAACACUUUUGUGGGUUGGCCUAUUUAAGUAGUGUAGAGCUUUGUGGUUUGUGAGGCUUUGUGGGUUCAAGCAGCCAGAAUUAUUAUCUCUUGGGUAUUACUUUUUUUUUUUUUUUCAUCUUUGGUUAAUUUUGGUUGUGUGAAAGGAUGAGUUACUUGGGUGUUGGUGUUAGUCCUGUAAAUGUGCCUGUGUAUCAUGGUACCAAUUUGAAGGUUAUUGAUAGGAGGGUGAGGCUUGCAGAGCUGGUUUUGAGGUGUUUGAUCUGUGGUUUGGGAGUUCUUGCUGCUGUUCUUGUUGGAACAGAUACCCAAGUUAAAGAAAUCUUUUCAAUUCAAAAGGAAGCUAGAUUCACUGACAUGAAAGCUCUUGUCUUUUUGGUGAUUGCAAAUGGGAUAACUGCUGCCUAUUCCCUGCUUCAAGGAGUGCGUUGUGUUGUGGGUAUGGUUAGAGGAAGUGUGCUAUUCAGCAAGCCCUUAGCGUGGGCAAUCUUCUCUGGGGAUCAGUUAUUCAUCAACAGCAAGUUUUUGGUGUCGAUUAGCGAAGAAGGAAUGGUUACAUUUUGGCAAUGUAUUGAAAUAAGUUCAUCAGUAUGGCUCAGCCAACUUGUCAGCAGAGCAAGCCAAACAAUCUUGUAAACUUCCUGGUGAGGGUCCACAAUUGGGAAGCAAUUAUGAUGGCACCUCAUGCAUGCAGUUGGUAGAUUCCAUUAAAACUCCUUUCCAUUUUCUUUAUAGUUAUGCUCCUCUCCAUUCCAUACUGAUCCCGAGUUUUCCAUGAAUAUCAGCUACAUUUUCACGUGGGUAGAACUAGUUCAUAUCAGUUUGUCUUGUACAUGGACAGCUGUGACUCGAAUGUGAACCAUCCAGCAUCCAUUUAAUAUGAAGUGUAGACACUAGUGCCAACGUAGAAAAGGGAGCCCUUUUGCCCAACGGCAUCCAUACCUUUCAUCAAUACGGCCAGUAGUCAUGCAUCUCCCAUGACCAUUCAAUACACAGGAUCUGGAUAUGAUGUGGAAUUGUGGAUGAGUCUUGCUGGGAUUGCAUGGCCUAAUAUGAAUUUGAUGCUGGAAAUAAAAUUUUCCAAGAAUUAGAUGACAUAAUUUUAUUUUGAAAUGCGAAUGGGUUUUGGCAAGUUGCUUGAGUUUCUCUAGCAUUCCUUGGUCGUAGUGUAAGAUCCAUGUCAAAAGUCAUCUAUAUGUAAGCUACUAGCAAGGCCAUUGAUUUUUACUCAUGCUAAAAAGUGGCAUCUAUGUUCUAGUCGAGCUCAUUUAAAGAAGAUGGCAUCAAUUGCUUAGGAAGAUUUAUAUAUUUAAACAAGAUAUUCAUCACAUAUUCAUCACAUUAACAUCAUCAUGAUGCUGGGCAAUAUUUACAAAAAGUCCGCUUGCAUGGUUGAAGGUUAGAAAUGAAUAAAUGUAGCUCCACUUCAGAAGAAUUUUUUGGCUUAUGAAGUUCUUUACCAUAUACAAAUUGUGCUAGUUUUGAA